UAAAAAAAGAAUUGAAAUUUAAAAGAAUUGUUUUGAAAGUGAAGGCCCAUUUCGAGCCAUUUACUCCUCUUUGCUAACCAUUGUUUUAAAAUAUUAAAUGGGCUGUCUUUUUUUCCUUUUUUAUUUUCAUGAUUUUUUGUCGGGCCUGGUUCAACCUCCCUUCAUAGGCAAUUAUAGGCAAUCCCACACAUCAUUCAGAGAGCUCUGGAUCAUACACCCUUUGAUAUUACAGCUCUACAAAUCUUACUUGGGUCAUGACCAAUACACUCAUACAACAUAACAACUUACAAGUGCUGUCUACUACAUUACAAAUAGAUAUGUUUGUGCAUUGUACAAAAUAAACACUAAUAUUACAGGACUAAUAUCAGGGAUGCAAAUCUGUUGUCAUUGGAUGACGGUGUCUAGUUUGCCGGUGGCCAUUGUUAUAAUGAAUGUCUAUACACCCAGAUGGUGGUACAGUUACUGCAAAUUCUCAUAACGGGAUGUGUGCAAACUGCUGCCAUCUCUUUUUACUGUGGACCUUUUUAGAUGUAGACCUCUACAGCUUGUUGCGUGGAUCAUAAAAAGAGAACAGAGAGCGACCACAUUUAUGGAAGAUACCAAAGUGUCUUUACCUAAUGGGGGAGGAGUCCUAGUGGAGAGCCAAGAGAAUGGAAACUCAUCGACCAAACACCAACUAGAGAGAAACCCUGAGGACAGUGAACCUGCUAUGGACAACCAGAAACUGAAUACAGAUAUGGAUGAAAAUCAUAACAGAGACGAUCCAUUGGAUGUUGCAAAACAAGAUGAUUUAACACAAUCAGUCAAGGCUGACGGCGGACAGGCCAAGACCAAGCAAAUCACAAACCACGCAAGCAAACCACAGGAGACCAAAUCUUCACAGCUGCGAAAUCGCACCAGGUCUGACCCAGCCCUACCCCUAGCACAGAAAUUUGGAUUUAAACGCCAGGUCAAUCUAGAGGUAGUUGCCAACAACCAUAAGCCUGAACCUGCUCAGGGUAAAACGACGAAGAUCAGAAGAUCUCUCAGUCAAAGCACAGCAAGCAGCGAUGAAAACUCGGAAAGGGAUUUGACAGAGGUGGCCUCCAGCAAAGGUGCGACUCCAAUCAGUGAUUUCAAAAGUAAAGAACAGUUGAUCAGCAACAAGGCUUCUGCAGCUUCCACUGCUCAGGGCUCCGCCGCAGCAAGGCAAGGGUUUGCUGAGUCGCAUCAUCUCUUUGGUUUAUCUGGCCCUGCGAAGAAGACCCCACCACCAUCGACAAAUCGCUUGAAGACCCAGCAAGCGAAUCACUCCGACUCAACACAACCUUAUCCAGCGCCUCACCAAUGCCCACAGCCCCCCUUAUCAGCUGACAAGUACCUGACGCCCCUUCAACAGAAAGACAGACAGUUACGUGAAUCGAACUCUCAUAUUUUGAAAUUGCAAAAGGUUAUACAAGAGCAGACUGAGCGGAUUCAGCACUUUGAGGAAGAGAAGGAGAGAGAUUUGGAAAAGUUACGGAACCAGAAAAAUGAAGAAAUUGAGCUUCUUCUCGAUCAAAUUAAGUCAUUGGAGCAGGAUAUUGUGCAGAGAGAACGCACAAUAAAUGAGCGACAAGAAUUGCUUGAAAGCGAGGAACGCACUUCGGCCUCUCUCAAGCAACAAAUCGAAGACAUGAAGAAAGAAUUAGAGGAUAAAGAAGCGGUUCAUCAACAGAGAUACCUGGAUAUGUAUCAGAAGGGGCGUGAAGCCCAGCUGAUCGACCAAGAGGAAGAUCUGAUGUGUUCAGCCAUUGCUACUGCUCCGACUAAAGAUGCUCCAACUCGCCAUCUGGUUAAGAGUCUUGAGAAGAAAGAACAAGAAUUGGAGAAACUCAGACAGACGUUCCGUGAGGAUGUCUACCACAAGAGUCCGCUGCUGGAUACAGACUCUGCUGCUCAGGUGGAGAUCUUGAAGAGCGCUGUGUACUAUUACCUAACAGACAAGCAGUCAGAUAUCAAUCUGAGUGUCAUGUUAUCAAUGCUGAGUUACAGUCCAACACAGAAGGCGAAUAUUAUCAGCCAUCUCAAGAAGAAGAAACCUAAGUAGCAGGACUUCACAUCUGUCUUAAAGACACUGGACACUAUUGGUAAUUGUCAAAGACCACUCUUCUCACUUGUUGUAUUCAAACAUAUAGCCAGUCAAUUGGUUAUUGAGGAAACUGAUGAAAGAAAAAACACUCUUGUUGUACAAAUUAGUGUGCUUUCAGAUAGGAAUAAAAGUCUUCUAGCCAGAA